AUGGCGCCUCGGAAAGGAUCAACUUCAGGGCAGAAGAAGCCGUUGGAGUCAGAACCCCCGAUUUGCAUUCCGAUGAUGCGACCAACUUUGACGCAGGCUGAGCCUCCGAUGAGGAAUGCUUCCCUAUCUCGUCCCCAUCGCCAGGUCAGUUCAAAUAACAGAGUAACGCAGGCGAGGAGGCAUGAACCGACGACAGGGGCUUCAGCCUUGGACACUAACAAGGUAUCUUCGUCAUUCCCAGAGACCCUCCAGACUGAUGAUGAGGCAUUUGCAUUCAUGGAACAGGCGCUAAACAUCAACUCAGGAAGUAACUCGGCCGCGUCUUCUGGGAGACAACGAUCCUACGCACGCAGUUCCAUCAUCUCACCAACGCCGCAGGGAGGACAACGAUUCUUCCCACGAAGCCCCGGUAUCGCGAGACAUCGGUCUCUCCUACGGACUUCCACCAGACCAUCUGCCAGCAACGGCCCCAGCGACCUUGACAUCGAACGUCAGAUAGCCACCCUCCAGCCGGCAGAUAUCCCCGUCAAGAUCAACAUCAAGGUCAGCUUCAAGUCCUUGCGCACGAAAGUCAAUAUUGCCGCCCCCUUCUUGUGCCACGCCAACCACUUGGCCGACCUCAACGCCUUCUGCAACUACGUCCGAGCUCGGCACGCAAAUGCACUGCCAGAGGAAUUGUUCACUACUAACGAACCGAAGCACUGGAUACUACGCUGUACGGCGGAGAAUGGUGCUGACGGCGUCGAGGCGAGCAGCCCCUUCCACCGGGAAUACGCAUGCGAUCCCAACAAGCCUAUCUGGGGCCUCACUGCACAUUACGGCCAACUCAUGGCUUUCUGUUCCGUUCAAGGCCGGGCGGUAGCUACUAGGCUCGUGCAUGAAGCCAGAUCCAGACUGGCCCUGGCCAAAUCAGAGCGCAAGUCCAGCGAGUGGACUGCCGAAGGCCGGAAGCGCGAACCGUUGAAUGUGCGAGUCCCGAGAGAGGCGCCUGUUUAUGCCAUUAUCGACAUCUUCUUUUAA